AUGACAAUCUACACGUCUGACGCCCCAGUCCCCGUCCUCCCCAAGGUCGGGACGUUCACCUACUUCUUCCCCGAGAAGGAGGGCGACAGCCCGCUCCCGGCCGAGGCGCUCGACCCCAACAUUGUGUCCUUUAUUGACGGGCUUACGGGCCGCGAGCUGCGACGCGGCCAGCUCGAGGACAGCGCGCUGCGCCUCGCGACCGGCCUGCGCUCCAUCGGCAUCAGCCGCGGCCAGACAACGUGCCUCUUCGCGCCCAACUCGCUCGAGUGGGUCAUUGCCAUCCUCGGCUUCCAGGCCGCCGGCGUAACCAUCAGCCCGCCGAACGUGACCUACGUGCGAGAAGAGCUCGCGCACCAGUACAACAAUGCCGGGUGCACCUCGAUUGCAGUGGCCGAAUCGCUUCUCCCAGCCUUCGAGGAGGCACGCUCCUUGUUCAAGACACCAGUGCCCGACAGCCGUGUCAUCGUGCUCUCUCGGCCAGACGCGCCCCCGCAUCCAAAGUACAAGACGCUGUACCAGCUGCUUUUGGCCCGCGGCAAGCCCGAGAGGUUCGAUGGCGACGCCGCGCAGGAGACCAUCUGGCGGUGCUACUCGAGCGGAACGACGGGUCUGCCCAAGGGCGUCAACUCGAGCCACUACAACGUGACGACCGAGCUUCAGGCUGCCAACACAAUGUACACAAAGCUGGACCCCGAGAAGGACAAGAUCUUGGCGUUCCUCCCAUUCUUCCACAUGUACGGCUUGUGCCUCGCGGUGCACCAGCCCUUGACCUCGGGUGUGCCAGUGGUUGUCUACCCUCGCUUCGAGGAAGAGUCAGUCUUGCGUGGCAUCGAGAAGUACCGCAUCUCGUACGGCAUGGUCGUGCCGCCAGUGGUGCUCAUGCUGCUCCACUCGAAGAUUGCGGACAAGUACGACAUCUCGUCGCUCCGCUCGGUCAACUGCGGCGCCGCGCCGCUCAGCGGCGAGCUCUGUGACGCCUUUGAGCAGCGGUACCCACACGCCAAGAUCGUCCAGGGGUGGGGCAUGACCGAGACGACGGUCGCUGCGACGCUGGGCACGGCCGACCAGAUCACCAGCAAGGCACUGCAGAAUGCCGUGGGGCGGCUCUUGCCGACGUAUGAGCUGCGCCUCGUCGACGAGGACGGCAAAGACGUGCCCAGGGGCGAGCGCGGCGAGAUUUGGCUGCGGGGGCCAGCCAUCACUAGGGGGUAUCAUGAGAACCCCGAGGCCAACGCCAAGUCGUUCGAGGGCGACUGGUUCAAGACGGGAGACGUCGGCACUCGGGACGAGCAGGGCUGGUACAGGAUUGUCGACCGCGUCAAAGAACUCAUCAAGUACAAGGGCUUCCAGGUCGCGCCCGCCGAGCUUGAGGGGCUGCUGCUGCAGCACCCGGACGUGGUGGACGCCGGCGUGGUCGGCGUCGAGAUCGAGUCGCUCGCGACGGAGCUUCCUCGCGCCUACGUCGUCGUCGAGGCGGGCACGCCAGUCGCCAACACGGCCGAGCGCGAGCGCCUCAGCCAGAACAUAUACGACUGGAUCAAGGCGCGCGUCGCGAGCCACAAGAACCUCCGGGGCGGGGUCAUCAUCGUCGACGCUAUUCCCAAGUCGCCGUCGGGCAAGAUCCUGCGCAAGGACCUGCGCGUGCGCGCCGCGGAGGAGGUCAAGAAGAACCCCCCGGCGAAGUUGUGA